AUGGGAACAGAUAAUCAGACAUAUGUGGGAGAAUUUAUUCUCCUUGGCCUCUCCAGUGGCUGGGACACUCAGGUCUCCCUCUUUGUCCUGUUCUUAGUCACAUACAUGGUGACAGUGCUGGGGAACUUCCUCAUUGUCCUUCUGAUCAGACUGGACAGCCGACUCCACACUCCCAUGUAUUUCUUUCUCACCAACCUCUCCCUUGUUGAUGUUUCUUAUGCCACAAGCAUCAUUCCUCAGCUUCUGGUGCAUCUUCUUGUAGAACAUAAAGUAAUCCCAUAUGUGAGCUGUGCAGCCCAGUUAUUUUUCUCCCUGGGCUUGGGUGGGAUUGAGUUUGUUCUAUUGGCGGUGAUGGCCUAUGAUCGCUACGUGGCUGUGUGUGACCCCCUGAGAUACUUGGUUAUCAUGCGUGGAGGGCUCUGUACCAGGUUGGCUAUCACAUCUUGGGUCAGUGGCUCCAUCAACUCUCUCAUGCAGACCACCAUCACCUUUCAUUUGCCCAUGUGCACAAACAAAUUUGUUGAUCACUUGUCCUGUGAACUCCUAGCUGUGGUCAGGCUUGCCUGUGUGGACACCUCCUCCAAUGAGGUUGCAAUCAUGGUUUCCAGCAUUGUCUUAUUGAUGGCACCUUUCUGUCUGGUUCUCUUGUCCUACGUCAAGAUCAUCUCCACCAUCCUAGAGAUCCAGUCCACAGAGGGGAGGAAGAAAGCCUUCCACACCUGUGUCUCUCACCUUACAGUUGUUGUCCUAUGCUAUGGCAUGGCUAUUUUCACUUAUAUCCAGCCGCAUUCCAGCCCCUCUGCCCUUCAGGAGAAGUUGAUCUCUCUCUUCUAUGCCAUUUUGAUGCCCAUGUUGAACCCUAUGAUUUACAGUAUAAGGAAUAAGGAGGUGAAGGGAGCCUGGCAGAAACUACUAGGACAAUUAUCUGGAUUAACGUCAAAACUGGCAAGUUGA